AUGGCUAUCGAGGUGGUUCCGCUCACAGAGGCAGACAUUCCUGAAGCGAUCGAAGUCAUCCAGCAAGCAUUCGAAGAUGACCCAUAUUUCAAAUGGGUCUUUGAUUCUGCUAACUUUAAUAAGCAAAGAAACCAUGGCUCUCUCGCCGCCCGUUGCCUGUGGGGUAUCAACAACGCCCUGUUUUACGUCGCAAAGGAGUUCAUCGAGAGCAAUGGAGUGAGCUCCGCAGAUCGACGUAGUAUGGCCUCGGGAUCGUCUCGUAUCGUGGGCGUCUCUUGCUGGUUGCCACCCCAUGCACCCUCGGAGCCAGAAAGCUGGUCCAGCUGGUACCAAGGCUGGGUGUUGUCUUUCCGCCAGGGUUUGAAUAACCUGUACCAUUGGGGUCGAGGGGGUCUCAUCUCGCGGCGGUAUUGGAUCUGGAAGGAGAAACAAGGGGAAGCUCAGAGUGCCAUCUGGGAUGAUUCCAAGGGGUACUAUUUCUGCAAUAUUGUGGCAGUCAAGCCGGAUGCACAGGGCCGAGGUAUUGGAAGGAAGCUGUUUGAGGUAGUUACUGACCGAGCCGAUCGCGAGGGGGUGAAAUCAUAUCUGGAGAGUUCGCGGAACGUGCCCAACGUGCAGAUCUAUGAGAAAAUGGGGUUUGAGAUGAAAAUGGAAAUGGAAUGUCGAGACGGGGAUGAUAUCUGUAUGCUAUAUUGCAUGGUUCGUGAGCCAAAGACUCGGACGUGA